ACCCUGGAGGGGUUUUUCCUGGGGCGGGGUGCCCUAGAAGAGUUGUUGAACAGUCUGGUUUAAGGAUGGUGAUUGGAAAUUGACUCGGCGAGGUAGUGGAGGCCCCUGCCACAAGGGCCUGCCGUUGCCAUGGAAAUCGUGGCAUCUCACCUUCCCUUCCAGGUCCCUUUCUUUUCCAUGCUGUUCCCACUGCACUAUAGCAUUUGCCCGCCCCCCAACACCCUAAGUCUUACUCCUCUUCUCCUUGCCUUUCUCUUUCUGCCAGUUCUCUGCCUGACGCUCUGUAGGACAGAGCCUCCAUCCCUCAUUCUCUAGGAGAAAAGAUGCUACCUAAGCCAGGGCCUUGAGUUCUCUGUGUGUUGCUCUUCUUCACUACUCCCUGAAUUUUAGAGUGGGACUGUUUUCAUCUCUGUGUCUCUAUUUGGCAAGAUGGUUUGCACAUUGGGGUGCCUCAGUGGAAUUGUGCUGAAUGAACGUGUUAACUGAAUGAGCUUUCUUGCCAAGAAAGCAAUGGCUUCUGAGAUCUGCUACACAGUCUCCUACCCACACCUGCUCUAGAGGACGUGAGACAUUUGGGAUGGUAGAGAUGCCUGGCGUGGAACCCUGGGGGUAGGCUGACCCAGGAGAUGGCCUGUGAGGAUAAAACCAAGGGAGGGAGAAUAGGACAGAGGCCUUCUAGAAGAGUGGAAGGAAUUGAGGCCCUGGGAAGAAGCCCAGCUCUUCCACUCUCUUGCAGAGUGGACUUGACCAAGUUACCUAACCUCUCAGAGCCUCAAUUUCCUCAUCUGUAAAAUGGGGUAAAAAAAAAAAAAAAAAGUACCUCCUACCUCAGGUUUGGGGUGGUGGUGGUGGGGAGAGUUUUAAAAAUAUAUGUGAAGUGCUUAACACAGUGCCAGGCAUGUAAUAAGUAUUCACUAAAUGCUAGCAAUUAUCAUCAUAAUGGGAGCCGCAGGGAGCUGUGAGGAUAAGCAAGGACCUUGAGGAAUAGGACAGAACUUGAUUGAAGGCAGACAGACGCCCAAAUAUUUGACUCAAACAGAAGGAUCACUGAUCCAGCAAGCCGUCAGGAUUGCGGGGAGUGAGGCGAGGAGUCAGCAGGUCAGCCUGCUCCAGUGUUUCCCAGACUCUGUUCAGGAACAUGAAGGCAAACACAGAAGGGCAUGUGCAGAGACACACGUGAUCACGCAAGUGAUGCAGAGGCAGACCCAGACAAAAGACCGAGACAGGAGCCAGGCAGACACACAGACAGAGACAGCCCCUCAGAGUCCUGUAGACAGGCAUAAUGACAGGAACGCGUCCGACGCAGGCACUGAAGGAGACAAGAUGAGCAGAUACGCAGGUGCACACACAGACAGACACCGGGACCCACACGCAGCCGACCUUGUCUGACACACUGGCGAACACAGCGGUCCGGUCCGAGGCAGACACAAGGCUCGCAGUGACACACAGCGGGCCGGGGCCGGCACUGUCACUCCUCGGUGGGGGGCGGGGAGGGGCCAGCAGCGGGGGAAGGCUGGGGAAGGGAAUCCCGAGCGGGCGGCCUGCCCGGGUGGCUGAGUCACCGCGGCGCCCCAGCCGGCGGCCCUCCCCUCCGCCUCCCCCCUCCCCCAGGUAAGAAGCGAGCCUGUAACCCCUCGCUUCCACCGGGCAGAAUGAGGCCUGGCGGGGGGCGGGAUGCGGCGGCGUUCCGGGACCGGCCCCACUUCGGCGCGCGUGCCGCGCGCGUCUGCCCACCGCCUGCUGGGGAAAGCCGCGUCUGCGGGGGCUUGUCUGUGGCCGGCAUGCUGUUACUGAGGCGGAGACACGGGUGAUGAUUGGCUUUCUGGGCAGAGAGGAAGUGCUGUGAUUGGCCAGAUCUCAGGAGCUCGCCGACGCAGUGAGAGGACGCUCCCACGGAGGCCGGAGUUGGCUGUGAAGGGCCCCGGGUGGCCAUCUGGGGGCAGUGGGCACUCCUGUCAGAGCGGCUGGAGCGGGACCGUCGCCCCAGAGAGCUGGGGCAGGGGGCCGUGCCCGACCUCCAGGGCUCCUGGGGCCACUGCUGACCUGGCUGGAUGCAUCGGGCAGUGGACCCUCCAGGGGCCCGCGCUGCACGGGAAGCCUUUGCCCUCGGGGGCUUGAGCUGUGCUGGGGCCUGGAGCUCCUGCCCGCCCCAUCCCCCUCCUCGUAGCGCAUGGCUGCCUGGAGGCAGGUGCUCUGCCAGCGUCGGGCAGCCCCCACUCUCCGCUCCCCUGCCCCCUUCACAUGGCAGUAGCUCUGGGCACCCUAACAAACCGUAUUAUGCUCCAGGGACCCCCACCCCGAGACCCCUCCAUGGGAAGCUGGAAUCCCUGCAUGGCUGUGUGCAGGCAUUGCUCCGAGAGCCGGCCCAGCCCGGGCUGUGGGAGCAGCUUGGGCAGCUGUACGAGUCGGAGCACGACAGUGAGGAGGCCAUUCGCUGCUACCACAGCGCCCUUCGAUACGGAGGAAGCUUGGCUGAGUUGGGACCCCGCAUCGGGCGACUACAGCAGGCCCAGUUCUGGAACUUUCAUGCCGGCUCCUGCCAGCACCGAGCCAAGGUCCUGCCCCCCCUGGAGCAAGUGUGGAACUUGCUGCACCUCGAGCACAAGCGGAACUACGGGGCCAAGCGGGGAGGUCCCCCAGUGAAGCGAGCCGCUGAACCCCCAGUGGUGCAGCCCGUGCCUCCGGCCGCGCUGUCGGGCCCCUCCGGGGAUGAGGGCCUGAGCCCUGGAGGCAAGCGCAGGAGAGGCUGCAGCUCCGAGCAGAGCGGCCUUCCUCCAGGGCUGCCGCUGCCGCCGCCCCCGCCGCCGCCCCCGCCGCCCCCCCCACCCCUGCCUGGCCUAGCCACCAGCCCUCCAUUUCAGCUGAGCAAGCCAGGGCUGUGGAGUACCCUGCACGGAGAUGUCUGGGGCCCCGAGCGCAAGGGUUCAGCACCCCCGGAGCGCCAGGAGCAGCGGCACCCACUGCCCCAUCCGUAUCCGCACCCGGCUCCGGCCUACACCGCGCACCCCCCCGGCCACCGGCUGGUCCCGGCCGCACCCCCAGGCCCCGGCCCCCGCCCCCCAGGAGCAGAGAGCCAUGGCUGCCCGCCUGCCACCCGUCCCCCCGGAAGUGACCUUAGAGAGAGCAGAGUUCAGAGGUCGCGGAUGGACUCCAGCGUUUCACCAGCAGCAACCACCGCCUGUGUGCCUUACGCCCCUUCCCGGCCCCCCGGCCUCCCCGGCACCACCAGCAGCAGCAGCACCGGUCUCCGGGGCGCGGAGCCGAGCCCAGGCAUCCCCGGCGCUGACCAUUACCAAACUCCCGCGCUGGACGUCUCCUCUCACCAAGGCCGCCUGGGGCCCUCGGCACACAGCAGUCGGAAACCGUUCCUGGCGGCUCCCGCUGCCACUCCUCACCUGUCCCUGCCGCCCCGCCCCCCCUCACCUCCUCCACCGCCCUGUCCCCGCCUCCUGCGCCCCCCACCGCCCCCUGCCUGGCUGAAGGGCCCGGCCUGCCGGGCAGCCCGCGAGGACGGGGAGAUCUUAGAGGAGCUCUUCUUGGGGGCUGAGGGACGCCCCCGCCCUCCCCCGCCACCCCUCCCCCACCGCGAGGGCUUCUUGGGGCCUCCGGCUCCCCGCUUUUCUGUGGGCACUCAGGAUUCGCACACCCCUCCCGCCCCCCCAGCCACCAGCAGCAGCAACCAUGGCAGCCACAGCAGCAGCCCCACGGGGCCUGUGUCCUUCCCCCCGCCUCCCUAUCUGGCCAGAAGUUUGGAUCCCCUUCCCCGGCCCCCCAGCCCCACUCUGAGCCCCCAGGACCCACCUCUUGCCCCCUUGACUCUUGCCCUGCCUCCAGCUCCUCCCUCCUCCUGCCACCAAAAUACCUCAGGAAGCUUCAGGCGCCCGGAGAGCCCUCGGCCCAGGGUCUCCUUCCCAAAGACCCCCGAGGUGGGGCCAGGGCCGACCCCAGGCCCCCUGAAUAAAGCCCCCCAGCCUGUGCCGCCCAGGGCGGGGGAGCUGCCCGCCCGAGGCCCGCGGCUCUUCGAUUUUCCCCCUACCCCGCUGGAGGACCAGUUUGAGGAGCCAGCUGAAUUCAAGAUCCUCCCCGACGGGCUGGCCAACAUCAUGAAGAUGCUGGACGAAUCCAUUCGCAAGGAGGAGGAGCAGCAGCAACAGGGGGCAGGCGUGGGCCCCCCGCCCCCCCUGAAGGAGCCCUUCCCAUCUCUGCAGCCUCCGUUCCCCGGUGACACAGCCCCGGCCGCCGCCACGGCCACGGCCACAACCGCCACCGCCGCCCAGGGAGAGGAGAAGCAGCCACCACCAGCCCUUCCGCCCCCGCCGCCUCUGGCCAAGUUCCCGCCGCCGCCCCCGCCGCCCCCGCCGCCGCUCCCCCCGGCAGCCAGUCCGGCCAGCCUGCUCAAAUCCUUGGCCUCCGUGCUGGAGGGACAGAAGUACUGUUACCGGGGCACUGGAACGGCUGUUGCCACCCGGCCCGGGCCCUUGGCCGCCACUCAGUAUUCCCCCGGUCCCCCGUCAGGUGCUACCGCCCCAGCGGCCCCCAGCGCCCAGGGCUCCCCGCAGCCCUCCGCUUCCUCGUCAUCUCAGUUCUCUACCUCAGGCGGGCCCUGGGCCCGGGAGCGCAGGGCGGGCGAAGAGCCAGCCCCGGGCCCCAUGACCCCCGCCCCGCCGCCCCCACCCCUGCCUCUGCCCCCCGCUCGGUCUGAGUCUGAGGUGCUAGAAGAGAUCAGUCGGGCUUGUGAGACCCUCGUGGAGCGGGUGGGCCGGAGCGCCACAGACCCGGCAGGCCCAGUGGACACGGCAGGCCCGGUGGACACGGCAGGCUUGGUGGACGGUGGGACCGAGCGCCUGCUGCCUCCCGCCCAGGCCCGGGAGGAGAGCGGCGGGGCGGGGGUGGCGGCAGGACCAGGCAGCGGCAAGCGGCGGCAGAAGGAGCACCAGAAGGAGCACCAGAAGGAGCACCGACGGCACAGGAGGGCCUGUAAGGACAGCGUGGGUCGGCGGCCCCGAGAGGGCAGGGCAAAGACCAAGGCCAAGGCCCCCAAAGAAAAGAGCCGCCGGGUGCUGGGCAACCUGGACCUGCAGAGCGAGGAGAUCCAGGGGCGCGAGAAGGCCCGGCCCGAUCUCGGCGGGGCCCCCAAGGCCAAGCCGCCCGCCGCUCCGGCCCCCCCAGCAGCUCCUGCGCCCUCUGCCCAGCCCACGCCCCCCUCAGCUCCCGGGCCCGGGAAGAAGGUCCGGGAGGAAGCGCCAGGGCCACCAGGUGUCAGCCGGGCUGACAUGCUGAAGCUGCGCUCACUUAGUGAAGGGCCCCCCAAGGAGCUGAAGAUCCGCCUCAUCAAGGUAGAGAGUGGUGACAAGGAGACCUUCAUCGCCUCUGAGGUGGAGGAGCGGAGGCUGCGCAUGGCGGACCUCACCAUCAGCCACUGCGCCGCCGACGUCGUGCGUGCCAGCAAGAACGCCAAGGUGAAAGGGAAGUUCCGGGAGUCCUACCUUUCCCCAGCCCAGUCUGUGAAACCGAAGAUCAACACUGAGGAGAAGCUGCCCCGGGAGAAACUGAACCCGCCCACCCCCAGCAUCUAUCUGGAGAGCAAACGGGACGCCUUCUCGCCUGUGCUGCUGCAGUUCUGUACAGACCCUCGAAAUCCCAUCACCGUGAUCCGGGGCCUGGCGGGCUCCCUGCGGCUCAACUUGGGCCUCUUCUCCACCAAGACGCUGGUGGAGGCGAGCGGCGAGCACGCGGUGGAGGUGCGCACGCAGGUGCAGCAGCCCUCCGACGAGAACUGGGAUCUGACGGGCACGCGGCAGAUCUGGCCCUGCGAGAGCUCGCGUUCCCACACCACCAUUGCCAAGUACGCGCAGUACCAGGCCUCGUCCUUCCAGGAGUCCCUGCAGGAGGAGAAGGAGAGCGAGGACGAGGAGUCCGAGGAGCCCGACAGCACCACAGGAACCCCUCCCAGCAGCGCCCCGGACCCGAAGAACCACCACAUCAUCAAGUUUGGCACCAACAUCGACCUGUCUGACGCCAAGAGGUGGAAGCCGCAGCUGCAGGAGCUGCUGAAGCUGCCCGCCUUCAUGCGGGUCACAUCCACGGGCAACAUGCUGAGCCACGUGGGCCACACCAUCCUGGGCAUGAACACGGUGCAGCUGUACAUGAAGGUCCCCGGCAGCCGAACGCCAGGCCACCAGGAGAACAACAACUUCUGCUCCGUCAACAUCAACAUCGGCCCCGGCGACUGCGAGUGGUUCGCGGUGCACGAGCACUACUGGGAGACCAUCAGCGCCUUCUGCGACCGGCACGGCGUGGACUACCUGACUGGUUCCUGGUGGCCAAUCCUGGACGAUCUCUAUGCUUCCAAUAUCCCUGUGUACCGCUUCGUGCAGCGCCCCGGAGACCUCGUGUGGAUUAACGCGGGCACCGUGCACUGGGUGCAGGCCACCGGCUGGUGCAACAACAUCGCCUGGAACGUGGGGCCCCUCACCGCCUAUCAGUACCAGCUGGCCCUGGAACGAUACGAGUGGAACGAGGUGAAGAACGUCAAAUCCAUCGUGCCCAUGAUUCACGUGUCCUGGAACGUGGCUCGCACGGUCAAAAUCAGCGACCCGGACUUGUUCAAGAUGAUCAAGUUCUGCCUCCUGCAGUCCAUGAAGCACUGCCAGGUGCAGCGCGAGAGCCUGGUGCGCGCCGGCAAGAAGAUCGCCUACCAGGGCCGGGUCAAGGACGAGCCCGCCUACUACUGCAACGAGUGCGACGUGGAGGUGUUCAACAUCCUGUUCGUGACGAGCGAGAACGGCAGCCGCAACACGUACCUGGUGCACUGCGAGGCGUGCGCGCGGCGGCGGAGCGCGGGCCUGCAGGGCGUCGUGGUGCUGGAGCAAUACCGCACCGAGGAGCUGGCGCAGGCCUACGACGCCUUCACGCUGGCCCCCGCCGGCACGUCGCGAUGAGGCCGGACGCCCCGCCCGCCCGCCCGCAGGGCGCCGCGGGGCCACCAGCACACGCCUGGGCUGGACCUAGGUCCCGCCUCUGGCCGGGAAGGGGGUCGGGCCCAGCCCUUCCACCCCAUUGGCAGCUCCCCUUCACUUAAUUUAUUAAGAAAAAAAAUUUUUUUU